AUGUCUGAAUAUACAAAACGCAAAUAUGUGCAACUUGAAUCACUGCGGAAAGAUUUCGAAUUGCCAAAAGAGAACCAAAGUGUUGUGAAAAUUUUGGCAAGCAGAGGAAGGCAUUUGCAUGAGGUUACUACUCCAAGCGGUGAAAUAUAUCUGGUGUCUAUGCCAGUAAAAUUCAGAAAUAAAAUAUUUGCAAGGAAUGGUAGUUAUGUUCUAAUCGAACCAAUCGCAGAAGGUAAGAAGGUAAAAGGAGAAAUAGUUCAAAUAUUGAAUAAGACUUCAAUAAAAAAUUAUAAAGAAAAUCAUGUAUGGCCUCCAGAAUUUGAGGAGGCUGUAGAAAAAAGUGAUACUAAUGUGAUUAAUACUAAUGUGAGUACUAAUGAAUCUAAUGAUGACGAUUUAUUUGUUAAUACGAAUUAUAAAAGACCUGCAGUUAUAUAUAUUACCGAUGACAGCAGUGAUAGUGAUAGUGAUGACUCGGACAGUGAUAAAAAUGAAGAAAGAUAA